AUUUGAAAUAUUUAAACUUCGCAUUCUUCAGCUCUGCCGCCGGCCUCCCUCCAUCGCCGCCGUGAUGGCUCUUCUUCGCUUUCUCUCUACUACCGUAUUCCCGUCGAAACCCCAACACGUUCUCUCCUCCUCCGCCGCCUUCUACUCCACCUCCUUCCUCAUCACCAAAACCCCCAAAAAGUUCAGAAAAAAGCGCAAGAAGAAGGAAAGCCCUAGAACCAAAUCGAUUCAAACCCAGCCCAAUCUCAUCCGCCACUUGGAGAACAUCCUCCACCGCGACGCUCAUUUCCGAUUCCUCACCAAAACCAAGGAAUUCCUCUCCAAACAGCGCGAGCAAGUCCUCCUCCUCGACGACGCCGGAAAACUCCACCAGCAGCUAGGGUUUCCCCGCGGCCGGAAAGUCCUCAAAUCCAUCCUCCGCCACCCGCUCAUCUUCCAAACCUACCGCCACUCCGACGGCAAGAUGUGGUUCGGAUUCACCGAUCUCAUGGAAGAUCUCCUCCGCGAGGAGCGCGAAAUCGAAGCUAAAUCGGAGCUUCGUAGGGUAGAUGCCGUGAGGAAAUUGCUGAUGAUGUCAGUGAAUAAACGAAUCCCCUUGAGCAAAAUCUACCACAAUCGGUUAUUGUUUGGGAUUUCAGAGGAUUUUAGGGAUAAAAUCGCUAAUUACCCUAAUUAUUUCCGAGUAGUCGUUGAAGAUGAUGGCAAAAGGAUUCUUGAGCUAGUGAAUUGGGACGAUUCGCUGGCUGUGAGUGCGUUGGAGAAGGAAUUCAUGGCUGAUGAGGAGAAGGUGAAGAAGGCAUUCAGAUUCCCAGUGAAGCAUGGCAGGAAGCUGGAGUUGGAGCUGGAGGAUGAGAGGAAGUUGAAUUUGUUGAACACGUUGCCUUUGGUUUCGCCCUAUUCGGAUGGGAGCAAGCUCGAUUUGUGGACAUUGGAGGCAGAGAAGUACAGAGUUGGGAUCAUCCAUGAGUUCUUGAGCUUGACUUUGGAGAAGAGGGCUUACAUACACAAUGUGGUGGAGUUCAAGGAGGAGUUCAGCCUCACGAAGCACACGUAUCAGAUGCUUCUCAAGCAGCCCCGGACAUUCUACCUGGCUGGCACGCAGAUGAAUUGGUGCGUGUUUCUCAAGGAUGGCUAUGGCGAGGAUGGAGAGCUUGUUGACAAGGACGCGCAGGUGGCAUUCAACGAGAAGCUCUAUAAGUACGCGGAUAUGCAGGAGUCCGAGAUGGAUUGCAGGAGUGAGCAGGAGUGUGGUGUGUGAUUGGAUUGAGCAAGAAUUGGAGUCGGAUUGAAGAAGGGUUUAAGAAGAAUGAGAUGAGAAUUGAGGCUUCAAAGAUUUGAUUUUUGCAAGAAUUGCAAUUGGAUUGCAGGGUGAACAAGAAUGAGAAGAGGGGCAGAGAUUUGGGUGUGAUUUGUGAUUGGAUUCUUGAGAGUGGAGGGAAAAUGGGUUUUGAAUUGAGAGUGUGAGAGAGGGUUUAGGGUUUAUGUAAAGUUGGAGUACCUUUUUAUGUUGAGGAUCAUACUUCUAUGUUCGUGUAAACGAAACAAGAUUAUUAGUAGUACAAGUUAUUGUACUUGUAGAAUGAGGAACUUCUCCAAUAUUGGCUGAUUUUGUUCUAUUUUAGAGUUUAGACAAUGCAUUUUCUCUCCCAUCA